ACAAAGGUGAGGCCGUUAUCUUCCCGCGGAGCGCUUGCGGGGCGUUUGUUCCACUGUUCAACCCCAUGGCGUCCAUUUCCGCUACUGGGUCUCUUCUCAAAUUCCCCAUUCUCUUCCUCGGGAGGAACUCUCUUAACACGAGCUGGCGCGGACCUCAUUUCGUUCGCUUUCCCCACGAUUCUGAGCCUUCUUCUUCUCCUUCUUCUUCUUCCGUGGACAGUACUGAAGGAUGUUUCAAGCUAGUAUUUGAUCGGAGAGGUGUGGUUUUCUCAUCUUUCGGCCUGCUCGCUGGAGUCUUGUUGAAUGUCGCAGAUGAUGGACUGGCGGUUGCAUCUGAAUUUGCUGAUAUGCCCGCUCUUAGGGGGAAGGAUUAUGGCAAGACUAAAAUGAAAUAUCCGGACUAUACAGAGACAGAAUCAGGUCUUCAAUAUAAGGAUCUGAGAAUGGGGGAAGGACCCUCACCAAAAGUGGGAGAUACCGUUGUGGUCGAUUGGGAUGGCUAUACAAUUGGGUAUUAUGGCCGCAUUUUUGAAGCCAGAAAUAAGACAAAGGGUGGUUCCUUCGAGGGUGAUGACAAAGACUACUUCAAAUUUAGAUUAGGUUCUCAACAGGUGAUUCAAGCAUUUGAGGAAGCUGUUUCAGGCAUGGCUUUGGGUGGUAUUAGAAGGAUUAUAGUGCCACCAGAGCUGGGAUAUCCUGAGAAUGACUUCAAUAAAAAGGGUCCAAGACCAACGACGUUCUCGGGCCAACGAGCAUUGGACUUUGUGCUGAGGAACCAAGGGUUGAUAGACAAGACUCUUUUGUUUGAUAUUGAGCUUCUAAAAAUCAUACCAAACUCAUCAGAUUAACGUUGGUUAAUCAUUCUGCUGAGCAAACAUGGAGGGCUUCAGAGGGAGAAAGAUUGCUACCGGGAAGCUGCGAUAUCUCUGCUUGAUGGUAUUAUAGUUUAUUGCCCUUUAAGAAUAUAUAGAGGAUUCACACGUCUACUUGGUCUGUAUUAUCACAAUUUUCAAUUGGUUCUUCAUUUUCUGAUAUGGACGAAGAAAGAAAGAUAAAGAAACAAAUAAAUUUGCAAUGCAAUGCAGUAUGAUUGUCUCUC